AUGACCAAAUUUGAACAGCAAGCUGAUUCAAGACACAAUGUUAUCGACUUGGUUGGUAACACCCCACUGAUUGCGCUAAAAAAAUUGCCAAAGGCUUUGGGUAUCAGGCCGCAGAUUUAUGCUAAAUUGGAAUUGUACAAUCCAGGUGGUUCUAUCAAAGAUAGAAUUGCUAAGUCUAUGGUCGAAGAAGCUGAAGCUUCUGGUAGAAUUCAUCCCUCUAGAUCUACCCUGAUCGAACCUACUUCUGGUAACACUGGUAUUGGUCUGGCUUUAAUCGGUGCAGUCAAAGGUUACAGAACUAUUAUAACCUUGCCAGAGAAGAUGUCCAACGAGAAAGUGUCUGUUCUAAAGGCUUUAGGUGCAGAAAUAAUUAGAACUCCAACCGCUGCUGCUUGGGAUUCACCAGAAUCACACAUCGGUGUUGCUAAGAAGUUGGAGAAGGAGAUUCCUGGAGCUGUUAUCUUAGAUCAAUAUAACAACAUGAUGAACCCAGAAGCUCAUUAUUUUGGUACUGGCCGUGAAAUUCAAAAACAACUAGAAGACUUGGAUCUUUUUGAUAAUCUGCGCGCUGUUGUUGCUGGUGCCGGAACUGGUGGCACCAUUAGUGGUAUUGCCAAAUAUUUGAAAGAACAAAAUGAGAAGAUUCAAAUUGUUGGUGCUGAUCCAUUCGGGUCAAUUUUAGCUCAACCUGAAAAUUUGAACAAAACUGACAUUACUGAUUAUAAAGUUGAAGGUAUCGGGUACGAUUUUGUCCCUCAAGUUUUGGACAGAAAGCUGAUCGAUGUUUGGUAUAAGACCGACGACAAACCUUCAUUCAAGUACGCCAGACAACUGAUUUCUAACGAGGGUGUCUUGGUAGGUGGCUCCUCUGGUUCUGCCUUCACUGCAGUUGUCAAAUACUGUGAAGAUCACCCCGAACUGACUGAAGACGACGUAGUUGUUGCCGUUUUCCCAGAUUCUAUCAGGUCGUAUUUAACCAAGUUUGUUGAUGACGAGUGGUUGAAGAAGAAUGAUUUGUGGGAUGAUGACGUGCUGACCCGUUUUGAUACGUCAAAGCUGGAGGCUUCGACAACCAAGUACGCUGAUAUCUUUGGUAAUGCUACUGUAAAAGACCUGCAUUUGAAACCUGUUGUUUCCGUCAAAGAGAACACUAAAAUCAGUGAUGUUAUCAAGAUUUUGAAAGACAACGGCUUUGACCAAUUGCCUGUAUUGACCGAAGAUGGCAAGUUGUCUGGUUUGGUUACUCUAUCUGAACUUCUAAAGAAAUUAUCCAUCAAUAAUACUACCAACGACAAUACCAUAAAGGGUAAGUACUUGGACUUCAAGAAGUUGAACAAUUUCAACGAUGUUUCUUCUUACAAUGAGAACAAGUCAGGUAAGAAGAAGUUCAUUGUGUUUGAUGAAAACUCCAAGUUAUCUGACUUAAAUCGUUUCUUUGAAAAAAACUCAUCCGCCGUAAUUACCGAUGGCUUAAAACCAAUCCAUAUCGUUACCAAGAUGGAUUUACUGAGCUACUUAGUUUAA